AUGGAUCGCAGAGCGGAGUCUGGAAACCUGCAAUCCCGUGAUACCGCAGAGGACGGUCCGGGUACCGCGGGGGAUGGAGGAGCCGCUCCAGCACCCGAAAAGCCUCCUUAUUCGUAUGUGGCUCUCAUUGCAAUGGCCAUCAGAGAAAGCGAGGAGAAGAAGCUGACCCUGAAUGACAUCUACAGCUUCAUUAUAUCCAAGUUUCCAUACUACGAGAAGAACAAAAAGGGGUGGCAGAACAGCAUCAGACACAAUCUGAGCCUCAACGAGUGUUUCGUGAAGAUUCCCCGGGAGAAUGGCGGGGAGAGGAAGGGGAACUUCUGGACGCUAGACCCUGCGUUUAACGACAUGUUUGAAAAGGGUAAUUACAGGCGCAGGAGGCGCGUCAAGAGACCUUACCGACCACCACCCUUACCGUCUGGAUUUAACUUCACCGACUCGUACUGCCUGCAACAGGAGCCCCUUUACUGGCAAACCCCGUUCGUCAGCACCAGCUCCUGGAGUCACCAGUCCAGCUCUCCGACGCACAUCUCCAGCUACCUGCAGCCCAUGCUUGGUAACGCGCGCCCUCUGUCUCCAAACGAUUACGCCAACUCUCCCGUGAGUUAUUACCACGGUCAACACCAUCACCUUCUCCCGUCCUACAGACCGUACCACCGGUAUCCGAACGCUCUGGUGCCUCUGAGCGGCAUGACUCCACCGGUGAGCCCGGGCGGAAGCUCCAUCUCCACCUGCAGCUACCCGCCGCAGAACAGCCACCCUGGACAUCAUCCGUUUGACUGA